UUCAAACGGCACAGACACAAUCCAUGUACAGUAAUGAGGUGUUUUGUUUUUUUGGCAAAGGAGAACACAAAACAGGCAUAAGGACUUAAAAAAAAAACAACCCAGAACUAAAAAUCCCUCUUUGGAUCAAGGUUAAUGACACACAUCAGCAGGAAGGAGUGAUGGGAACUCUAGGGCUUCAUUUCACAAGGAACGUAGUCCCCUCCCCCAGGUGAGCCGCACAAUGAAAAUACUCUGCUUCUUCUAUCAGGGUUACAUUCCUGCACUUAAGUCAACAUCCUAAGUUACAGAACUAAACAUGCCCUGCCUCUGCUUAGCAACCGCAAAUCCCUCCUUCCCCAGUUGCAUGUAUUUUGGAUGUGGCAUCUGAAGUACAAAUUCCUCUAUUUCGAUCGCACCAGAGUCAGGAACAGUGCUUUAUUAUCCGAAAGUGUGGCCGCUCCAGGCUUUCCUCCCCACCCCCUUGUGGUCAUGUUCGCCGCAGAUAGGAUCAUUUCUUUUAAACUGCAAAGCCUAACCCGGAAGCUGGCCGUCCGAAGCCCACGAGGCCUGGGUUUCGGUCCUGACUUGUGCGGGGCUACUUCUCGCGGGCCGGGCCUCUAGGGGUGAGGGGCGCGCGGUGCGGGUUCGCUGGACACCCGGCAGCCGGAGGCGCGCCGCUAGCCCCCCUCCCAACUCCCCGCCCACCGGCGGCUGCGCGCACUGCACCUCGUAGCAGCACGCCGGGCGCCCCGGCCGCGACGCCGCCCGCACAGCGCCACCGAGUUCACGCAGCCGCGGUCGGGCGGCCCGGCGGCGACGGCGGGCGCUGGCGGCCUGGCCGAGGCCGGUUAAAGGGACGAGUUGCAAACAGUUCAGGAAGUGACAAGUCGAUUUCCUCCUCCUCUGGAGCGGCUCGGUACAAAGCGCUCGGCGCCGGCAGGAGAGCGUGCGCACGGCGGACGCGGGCGAGCAGCCCGGACGACUUGGCGAGCGCUAGCAGUGACGGCCCGCGUCCGGCGCGCACAGUAAGCGACCCGGCCGGGUGACCGCGCCUGGGGGCUGGUCCGGAGCGGGCUCGGUUGUUGUCUCCUUUUGGCCGUUCCCAGAGGGCCUUGUCCUCAGACUAAGCAACUGAUGGGGAGCUGUUUCUGAUGACAUCACUUCUUGGGACGCCCAGGUAUCACUAUUAAUCAAAUCUGCCCACCUGAAGAUGGCCUGUGCCCACCCUGGGAUUCGGCCCAGUGCCUGAGGUCCUUACCAUGGUGAUGAUCCUAAGGAGAAGCCUCAUCAGCCAGGGAGCCGACUCCAUAGCACGCAGGACCUUCAUCCCUCAACCGCACACGCCAAAGAAGAUGAGUCAAGGACCUACCCUCCUCUCCUGUGGAAUUAUGGAAAAUGACAGAUGGCGAGACCUGGAUAGAAAAUGCCCUCUUCAGAUUGACCAGCCGAGCGCCAGCAUCUGGGAAUGUCUGCCUGAAAAGUGUCAGGAUGGCUCCCUGUGGCACCAGGAGACGGUGACUGCCUGUGCAGUGACCAGCCUAAUCAAAGACCUCAGCAUAAGCGACCAGAACGGGAACCCCUCAGCUCCUCCCAGCAAGCGCCAAUGCCGGUCACUAUCCUUCUCUGAUGAGAUGUCCAGUUGCCGGACGUCAUGGCGGCCCUUGGGGUCCAAAGUCUGGACUCCUGUGGAGAAGAGAAGAUGCUACAGCGGGGGCAGCGUCCAGCGCUACUCCAAUGGUGUCAGCCCCAUGCAGCGGAGCUCUAGCUUCAGCCUCCCUGCCCGGGCCAAUGGGCUCUCCUCACCUUGCCACCAGUCAAGCCUGCACCACCAAUUUGGGGGACAGCCCUGCCAAGGAGCACCAGGCUCAGCCCCCUGUGGACAGGCGGGAGAUGCCUGGAGCCCAGACCCACACCCUGUGGGAGGGGGCCGACUAGACCUGCAGCGGUCCCUCUCUUGCUCACACGAGCAGUUUUCCUUCCCAGAAUACUGUCCCCCCUCAGCCAACAGCACACCUGCCUCAACGCCAGAGCUGGCAAGACGCUCCAGUGGGCUUGCUCGCAGCCGCUCCCAGCCGUGUGUCCUUAAUGACAAGAAGAUCGGUGUGAAACGGCGGCGUCCGGACGAAGUGCAGGAGCAAAGACCUUCUCUAGACCUUGCCAAGAUGGCACAGAACUGUCAGACCUUCAGCAGCCUCAGCUGCCUGAGCAUGGGGGUAGAAGACCGCAGCUCCCAGAGCCCGUUUGCCCUUGUCAGCAGCACCAGAUCCUGGACGGCAUUGCUCUCAGCCUCCAGCCCAGGGGGCAGAACCCCUGCUGGGACCCCAGUUCCUGAGCCUCUUCCCCACUCCUCUGAUGACCACUUCACCUGCCAGGAGGACCUCUCCUGUGAGGAGUCGGAUGGCUGCAGUCUAGACGAGGAUUGCUGCAGGAAAGGGGAGCCGGCCACAACCUGGCGGGACCGUGGAGCCUACACGAACAGCCUCUGCUCUCUGGACGGCGAGCUGGACAUUGAGCAGAUAGAGAACAACUGAGGAGGGGCUGAGGGGUCAGGGCUGGGGCGGGGGGGCUUGGCAAUGGAUGGGCCUUCCUCCAGGCCUUACGUGGUCACUCCAGGGGGAUCCUGGCUCCUGGGUCCGGCAAAAGCUCCCCAAAAGGAGCCCGCCCACUUCCCAGGGAAGAGCCAUCACCCUGCAGUGCCCAAAUCUGUGAAGGCAACCUAGCCACACCUCACAGGCAACAGCUGGCCCCCCACCAGUUCCAUGGAACUACUGUAGCCCAAGAACAGGAUUCUGGUUUGGUCUCCUCCUCUUUGUUUCUUAUGGAGUGCUGGGUAGCCAUUCUCCAGUAAGGCUGGGCCAGCUGCAUUCCUCAAGUAGGGUGCCAGGGGCCUGAUCCCCCAUGGCCUCGCUCAGGUUCCUUCUGGGGAGUUACCCAAAGCCUCAUUUAUUUAGUUUACUCCGUGCCUUCUCUCCCAGGUCUCCCUGCCCCAGGCUUGGGAAGGUUCGGGAGACACCUCUUGUGUGACAGCAGACCGUGUGGCCUUAAUCCAUUUGGGGCACUGGCAGGGAUUCUGGGAUAAUCCAUGUCCCAUUUUUCGGGACCAGGGGAAAGGUCAGGGCUGACCAGAGGCCAUCCAUACUGGGUAGGAAUUUGGUGGUUGUGUUGACUGAAAGAUGGGCUCAUCAGUUCUCCCAUGGCACCAAGAAUCACCCACACCCCUGCCACCUCAGGGGCUACCUUCGGCAGCCUUCCUCCUGUCCCCAGUUCCUGGGGGCUGAGCUCAGUGGAGUCAGCUGAGUAUAGAGAUGUCAGUGACAAGAUGACUUCUUCAUAGUGUCCUCAGGAACUACAGGCAGGUGUAGGAGUCUCAGCCGUGUGUACAUUCCUGGGCAGAGGGAUGUCUGCUGUCUGGCCACUUUGCAGGCUCCCCUCUGUAGCAGCCUGUGGUGGGGGCCUGCAAACCUCCGCAGCAUUCAUUCCCUGUGCACUGGUGCUUGUUCACUGACACUGCUGGCUUUAAUGAAAGCAUACUGCCAUCGUCUUCGAGACAGCCUCCUCCCAGUCUACUGACGUGAGCCUAGCCCUAAGGUUCUUCUCUGCAGGCCCAGCCAUAGCAUGGCUUGAAUCACACUCCCCCUUGCAGCUCCCCACUCCCAGCAUAAUUCCCAGAGGGCAUCCGUUCAGGCAGCUCUUCCCCCCCAGUCUUCCCUGCAGACAUGCUACAGGCUCUGCACUCUGGGACUCUGGCUUUUAGCAAACUUGGCAUCUUCUGCAGACAAUAGCAAGUGGGCCGGCUUACACAAGUGGCUUGUUUUCCCAUAAGGCUAAAAAUAACUGGUGCAUUCUCUUGAUUUCUCAGACAUGUGAUCUAGGCACUUUGUAGUCACUCUGCUGUGCCUACCCAUGGUUCCAUGGUUGAGACCAAAUGGUUGUUACCUUUCUCUUAAAGAAAGACCUUGAUGGGAACCUUUUGUUUAAACUUUUAAUUUGUCAGUUCACCAGAAGGACAAAGGCUCACGUUCUGAUGUCUAGGCAAUGUUUCUUUAAAAUCAGACUCAAAGGUACAAGAAGCCCCUCCUAUAGCCCAAGUUAGGCAGCAUGAUGGGCACAUGUGGUGACAGUGGGGGACCAGCUAGCCUCCGGGGCCCUGGAAAGCCAAAGUAGAAAGCUGUCGAAGGCAUGACAUGGGAGCCCUGCCUGGUGGGUCAUGGAGGAAGGUAGUUGAGAGGACAUGGGACACACACACCAGGGCUGUGUUUCUCGGGCCAUAGCGAGAGGUUCUGGCAUUUGGAGUAGAUUCACAGUCCCUAAAGCCACCCCUCCUGAGGAAGACAGAGGCUGGGUCUCGGCCCCUGGUCCGCCUCACACAGUCUGCUAAGCACAGUUAAGCAUAGCACAGUUGCCAGCUGCCUCCUGUGAACUGGGACCAGAAGCUCUGGUGGCAGGUGUGUGUCUUAAGGCUUUUUGUGUGGAUGACUUGUCCUUUUAGACUAUCUCCCUUAAGCCUGGUGGCUUAAGGACAAACAGGAACUUGCUGAAUGACAGCUUCAUCCUUCCUUCCUGUCUCUAGGGCACUGUUCCCUGGGCAGAAAUGCUUCAAAUCUGGGGUAGGACUUGGCUUUUUGCAGCUUCCUCAGGCUCUUCUUGACUGUCCCUGUAUCCCCAAGGCCUCAGUCCAAGCUCCCAGCAAAAGCAGCCAGAGAAGAGGGCAGUAGCUUUUCUGCUUAAAGAAAGAGUGUCGUCAUUUGCUCUCUGGUGUUCUUCUCGUCGAGCAAAGCAGGUCUUGUGUAGGAGGUACCCAUUCAUCUUUCAGCGGUCAUGCUAUCCAGACAGACCCAUCCAUCUGUCCCACUCACUGGCCCCAAGACCUCUAUUCUUGGAUCUCCUGGAGGAAGGUUUACCUGGGAGGUUCCCUCUGGCUCCUAUGUACUUGGCACCACGGGCAGCAGGCAGCCUGGCUCAGCCCACAGCACGGUGGCUUCAGCGAUUGCCAGCCUCGGUGUAGGCAACAGCAGAAGCCUCAUGCUCCUCAGCCUGCCUGGGAGUGCCAUUUCCCUGGAGAAGCAGAGGUGUGCUCGGCCUCCCGCUUGCCUAGGGGGAGGUGUGACUAGAGGUCUAGAGCAAGGCGUGACUCCACCAAAGCCAACAGGGAAGUGGGCCUUCUAGCACAUUGCAUCCUACUCUAGAAGCCACUGAACUGACAGGAGUUGCUCUCUGCGGGGUACCUGACCUGAGUUCAGGGUAUCGGCCCAGACAGUUUACACGACUGCCCCACUCUUGCCUUACUCAUGGGUGGUGAUGGUAGAACCUGGCCAGCACCCCCGGGCUCCCCCAUGUUCAGGUCCAGGAACCUUGUUCUGCCCACACGUGCAGAUGUACAUGCUCAGAAAGCCUUACUUUAAUUUUUUUUUUUUUUUGUAGCAGGAAAAGUUUUUUAAGAUUUGUAUGCAGAAAGAAAAGUUAAAUAAAAGAAAGGUCUACAUUAAACAGGAAACGCCCCCUCCUGGCUUCUAGGUGGGUCUCCUCUGCAGACCGUUGGGCAUGUUUUCAUGUUCAUUCAGGCAAGGUUCACAGCAGUUAGAACUCAGCCCUGGAUCCUGUACCCCAUUCCCACUGAUGUGGUUAAAGUUACUUGAAUGAUGGCCACUAAAAUGUAAGUCAGGUGCCAGGGCUCAGGGACGCUCUGCCCCUGCAGCAGACGAUGCUGCCUCUUGCCAACGUCUAUGCUGCUGGUCAGACCUCUCCCCCAGUGCCAGGCCCCUUGAGGAGGAAGAGAAAGAUAUUUUCAAGUUGCAGACUGAUGGAGCUCCUGUAGCCUGAGUAGGAUAGCCUGACCUCCUGGCAUAGUCUCAUUGGCAAACGGAUCGCAUUGUCAGUGCUGGGGGACGCCCAGGGGUCAGGGACAGACGGGCCCACAGGCCAUGCUAGGGCCACGUGUGCUGUCCCAGUCAGGCAGCAGCGCUGGUACUGUUUCAGGCAGUGUGGUAACUGGUGUGGCGGGUCAGGCCCCCGCCAGGGCGGCAGUUCGUGGGCUGCCCACGUUGGGUCCUUUCAUAGCACCACGUACCGCUGCCUGCCCUCCCCCAGAGGCCAUGACUGUCUUGCACUACAGCCGCUCUAGUCUCAGGAAUUUGCUUGUUACUUUUACUGUGUAAAUAAAGCUUCCUGGUUCAACACCCGGC